CGGGAAUUACGUUAUCGCAAUCCAGGCACAUCACAAAAUUUUCAUCAAAUGUCGAUCAACCUGAUUGCUCAUCUAUUAGGGGUUACCUCGGUAGAAGCUGGGAAUUGCGAAUUUGUUUUCUUUUCGGCGCAACAAUUAUGCCGAAGGGACACAAUGUUUGUCAUCCCAUGGGUUCAAUAUUUCGCGGAUAUCCAAACCCGGCGCUGGGAUGCAGAAAUUUCCUGUAUCCUCUCGUACGGCGGCUCUUAACGGCUGGACUUCAUGGCUUGAACGUGAGAAGCUUAAAUAACAUUCGCUUGUCGCUCAUUCUCGGCAAGUUGUCAAUUAUCCUCGCGGUCUUACCAUCACAUCUCUAUUUACAAACUUGCCUGUUCUACCUACCCCUAUCACAGUGAUGGAUGACCAGAUUCCGAAUUUUCGAUCCACCCCACUCAAAGCAAUCGCUGCACGUAUCUCUGCCACCCGCAAAUCAUUUCUGGAGCACAGAACACGUGAUAUCGAGUUUCGUCUCAUCCAGCUCCGAAAGCUUUACUGGGCACCACCAAGAUGAUAUAAUCCGAGCCUGCGCUCUGGACUUGAAUAAGCCGCAGUUUGAGACAGAACUCGCCGAAAUCGAUUGGUUACUCAACGACAUCGUCUUUACUACUCGCAACCUCCAUAAGUGGGCGAAAGAUGAAAAGGCGCCCGACAUUGACCUCCACUUCAAGUUAAUGAGUCCCAAGAUUCGGAAGGAUCCUCUCGGCUGCGUAUUGGUGAUCGGGUAUGUUUCCUUUCUAUCCAAAUCGGGGACGGAAGAAUGUCUAAAAUUUUUGAUAAUGGUGUCUAGUACCUUUAAUUUCCCAUUUCAGCUUACUUUAGGACCUGUUAUUGGUGCAAUCGCUGCUGGCAAUACCGUUGUUAUCAAGCCGUCUGAAAAUGCUCCUCACAGCGCAGCUAUUAUUCAAAAGAUCUGCGAGGCGUCGCUUGACCCCCUUUGCUACUCCAUUGUCCAGGGCGGUGUACCUGAGACUCAAGCUCUUUUGUCUGAGCGCUGGGACAAGAUUUUCUUCACAGGCGGUGCUAAUGUUGGCCGUAUUAUCGCUAAGGCAGCGGCGCCUCAUUUGACUCCCGUGGUCCUCGAACUAGGCGGCAUUAACCCGGCUAUAGUCAGCAAAACGGCUAACCCGCGUUUAGUCGCGCGUCGUAUGCUUUGGGGCAAAACCGUGAACGCUGGUCAACUAUGCACCUCGCAGAAUUACCUCCUUGUCGAUAAGACCAUCUUCCCUCAGGUAGUGGAGGAGUUCAAGAAGGCUUAUAAGAGCUUCUACCCCAAUGGUGCUAAGAAAUCCCCGGACUACUCACGCAUCAUCAAUAAGGGACAUUUCCGGCGCCUCAAGUCCAUGCUUGACAACAGCAAGGGCGAGAUUCUGCUUGGAGGCACCUUAGACGAGGAUGAUCUCUUUAUUGAGCCCACGGUGGUGCAGGUAAACUCCAUUGAGGACUCCCUUUGCACAGAGGAAAGCUUUGGCCCUUUCAUUCCAAUUCUACCCGUCCAGGAUUUAGAUGAGGCCAUCAGGCUCGCCAACGAGGUGCAGAGUACUCCGCUCGGUCUCUAUCCCUUCGGCUCUAAGACUGAUGUGGCUAAAAUAAUUUCCUCCACUCGAUCCGGGGGUGUCUCUUGUAAUGACGCCGCCCUCCAUAUACCCACGUUGCCCUUCGGUGGUGUCGGCGAAAGCGGCCAUGGCGCAUACCGCGGCCGUACCAGUUUCGAUGUUUGGGUGCACCGACGGCCUAUAACAAGCAGCCCAAGCUGGCUCGAAACUAUACUUUCUGUCCGCUACCCGCCGUAUGGUAGUAAGCUUAACAAGGUCAAAGCUACCAACAACUUAGUGCCGGAUUUUGACCGCCAAGGUCAACAGCUGAGACCCGGUUGGCUACGCUAUGUUUUAACUCUGGGAGGUGGAAGCGGCAAGGCCGGUGCAGGACGUGCUCUCAUUAUUGCUGCAAUUUUUCUCGGUUGUCGUCAUUACAUCUUUCCAGCCUGCUCGAUUUUUCACAGCUUGCGCUCUCCCAUUUCCUCAAUUUUCACCGAGUUCUGGAGACAUACGGAAGAUCUUGGUCCCCGCUUUUGUGCUCCACUAUGAUUGGAACUGCCUCUUUGUGGGUAUUCAGGCCACCCAUGCCGCUUUACAGAAAUCUUACACCUA